AAAAGAAUUAACAGUAAAGGACAAAAAGGUCCCUUCGAGAUGAAUUGGGUGCCGGGUCUUCAAGGAAGAGGGUGAAAUGAAAACAAGGGAAGAUAUUCAAGAGGGAAAAUGAAAUAAUCAAAGCAUAGACUUUGUUUUCUUUUCUGUUCUGUGGGUUGGCAACAGAGACUAAAAAGCAAAGAAUGGCACUGCACUUUUAGGCUGUAAACUCAGACAUUCAGCCCCAGUUUCCUUACACUACAUAAUUCAUUCAGGGACCACUGCUACAAUAAAAUUCAAAAGAAUCAGAAAGAAAAAGGAAAUAUUUAAAAGAGAGGUAAGAUAGAUCCCUUGCUGGGUUCAAGUUCUUAUCUUCAGCUUCUACACAAAAUGGUUUCAUCUGGUAGAUUGUUCAACAGGGAAAGAACUCUUCAUCAGAUCCUUGGAGGUGGUCAAGUUGCAGAUAUAAUACUGUGGAGGAGGAAGAAUCUGACUGUGUGGAUAUUGUUGGUCACACUAGCUGCUUGGGUUGUGUUUGAAAGAUCUGGUUAUACUCUUUUGUCUCUUGUUUCAAAUGUUCUCCUCCUCCUCAUUGUCAUUCUUUUUCUUUGGGCCAAAUCAGCAGCAAUUCUCAACAGACCUGCUCCACCUCUACCACAGUUGCACCUAUCAGAUGAAAUGGCAAAUGAAGUAGUAACUUUUAUCCAGACCAGAGUUAAUAAUCUGUUUUCAGUUUCUCAAGAUAUUGUUCUGGGUAAAGACUCAAGGCUGUUUCUGAAAGUAGCUGCUUGCCUCUCCUUAAUUUCUGUUGUUGGUGGCUUGACUGAUUUCCUUACCCUGGCAUAUACAAGUCUCUUAAUUGUUCUUACUCUUCCAGCACUCUAUGAUAGAUGUGAAGAUUACAUAGAUCGAUAUGUGUUGAAGUGCUACAGCAAACUUUGCCAAUUGUAUGUUAAAAUAAAUGAAGAAUAUGUUAGUAAAGUCCGAUAUUGGAUUCUGGAGAAGAAAAAGUUGAGCUGAAUUUGUUUUUUCACAAGCAUUUUGAUGAGUUCUUUGAUUACUCUUUUAAAACAUUCCUUACAUAAUUAUUGGUGAGAUUGUGAAUGUGAGUUUAGGGGAUGGUAUCUUCAACCCCUUAAAAAAUAUAGCUUCUUCCUUUCACAUUUUCUGACUUCAAUGAUGGGUUCCCCCUUGGUACAUAAUGAAGGAACUCUUAAGCUCGACGUGUUCUCCACUAAGGUUAGGGUGUAAAGAUCAGUCCUUAAGUUUGGGAAAAUAUUUAUUUUAUUUUCUAUUUUUAACAAUGAUCAAUAUUGUUCUAAGA